AUGUCAAUGAGUGUUGUUGAUGUUGCACGUAAAAAAAAAGUCCCUUUAUUUUUAGCUGUGUGACUGUGAGCUUCACUUUGGUCUGCUUGCUGAUAUACUUUACCGAGGCACCAUGUCUGAAGACGGCCCUGUACCACAAUCAGAGCCCCUUAAUUCCUCCCAGGUUUGCAACGACGCUGGAGGAUAUGUAUGGACAGUGGGUGACUUAGAUCGACUCCAUCGAUUCUUAUGUCUCGGUUCUGAAACAGGAACAUACUACUGCACAAAAGAGGAACUGGGUCUUCAGAACGUCGACUGCAUCCAGAAACUUAUUGAAGAUGGUCGAGGGGAAGUGGUUGUUAAGGAUAUCGUGGAAUACAGUGUGGAGGGUUGGACGGCCAAACAGGAGCCGCUUUUAAUAGCUCUGGUUCAGUGUGCUCGGUGUGAACGGGAGAAAGUCAAGAAGCUCGCAUAUGAUGCUCUACCUAAAGUCUGCCGCAUCCCUACAACCCUCUUUCAGUUUGUGGAGUUUGUUGAGAAGCUCCAAGGAGGGUUUGGAACGGGGUGGGGUCGAGCGCAGAAGAGAGCCAUUGGUCGAUGGUACAAUGAGAAGUCACCUAGGCAACUGGCAUAUCAAAUCACUAAGUAUAAGAAUCGUAAUGGCUGGACGCACCGAGAUAUCCUCAGGCUUGGACAUGUUAAACCAGAACAAGAAGCAACUGCUUUGAUACUCAAGUACAUCGCUAAGGGAUGGAAAAAAGUUACCGAGGACCUUAAAGAAGAUGAAGAACACUCUGAGGACUACAAUGAGGUCAUGACCUACCUCCAAGAUGCAGAGACAGCAAGGGUCUCAAAAGACAAAGAUCUGGUCGUUGCACUCAUUGAUAAACAUCAGUUUGCAUGGGAGCACAUAUCAACAGAGUUCUUGAAGUCAGUUGAGGUAUGGAGAUCUUUGCUUCAACACAUGCCCAUGACAGCCAUGAUCCGCCAGCUUGGCAAGCUAACCUCCAUUGAACUUCUGAAACCUGGGAGUGAGGAAACCAAGAUGGUGUGCGACCGUCUCCGCAAUGAGAACCGUUUAAGCAAGGCUCGUAUCCACCCUAUUAAUAUCCUAGCUGCCCUGUAUCAGUACAAGAAGGGCAAAGGGAUGAAGGGUAAACUGAAAUGGUCACCAGUGGAAGCUGUCUGCCUGGCAUUGAAUGAUGCAUUCUACAAAGCCUUCAAGUUUGUUGAGCCAACUGGUAAGCGUUUUAUGCUGUCUCUAGAUGUCAGUGGAUCCAUGAGCUGCAGCGGCGUUAACGGAAUAGAAAAUAUCAUGGCUCGUGAGGCAUCAGCCGCCAUGGCGAUGGUUACCAUGAAAACAGAGACAGAUCAUCACAUCAAUGCAUUCUCGGACCAUCUUAUGGAUGCUGGGAUUAAUCCUAAUAUGAAGUUGGACGAAGUCAUAAAAACCAUCAGUAAUAUUGGAAUGGGUGGGACAGACUGUGCGAGGCCAAUGCUACAUGCAAAAGAGAAGAAAAUUCCCAUUGACGUGUUUAUCAUCUAUACUGACAAUGACACAUGGUUUGGUGACGUGCAUCCCUCUGAAGCCCUUAAGAAUUACCGUAAGGCAAUGAACAUUGAUGCCAAGUUGAUCGUCGUCGGAAUGUCAGCCAAUAGUUUCUCUAUCGCCGAUCCUGCAGAUAAAGGCAUGCUGGACAUUGCUGGGUUUAACUCCAACUGCCCGAAUUUGAUCCGCAAUUUCGCUCUCGAUUUGGUUUGAUCUGGAGUGAGACUUGAUCACAAUGGUGAACUUUGACCCUUUGAAGAUUCUCGGGAUGCUCAAUGGCAAGAAUGAACUCAAGGAUGCAUUACUCACAAUUCCUAGAAAAGUAUCUAAAGACAUGAUGCUUUUGACCAGCUUCAUCAUCUGAAUGUUGGUGGAAGUAUACAAGAAAGAGACGUCAGGGGGAAAUUGUAGAUAAGUUUCAACUCGGAGAUACUUCAACUACUAUUAGCAAUUAAGUACAUGUAUGUGAAUGAAUUAUGUACGUUUUAUAGUAAAAUACUAACAGUAAAUUACAGUAUGUUUUAGAGCUAUCUUCAUCAUCUUUUGAUAAGAAUGAGAUUUGAUGAAUUAGAAAAUUGCUUAUUAUGCCUGAGUUGUUCUUUAUUCUAGACCCAGAACCGCCAGAUGUUAUAAUUCAGGUGGUUUACAGACUCUCUGCAUCGAUCAUCAUUAACACAGAACUACAGGUUUGGAUACAAUGUGGACUACUUCUUUCCCCCUUUUGUUACUGCUUUACUUCUUUCAUGAAAGUUUAAUGGCUCAAGGAGAUUUUUAAAAAAUCCUUCAAAUCAGGAAGAAUCCUGAGAAAUCAUAUUCGGCAUGACAUUGGAUUUUCAAUUAUUAAUCAAAACACAAAAGAUUUGCAAAACUACCUAACACUUAGACCACAGAGCGUUGGAUCACGGUGGAUUAUAGUUAAAUGAAUUUCUAGCUCAGUAAAGACAUUAAAGGGCUUGCCCUAAACCUUUUCUAGCAAUUGGCCGGCAGGACCAGUUAGCACUCUUCUUCACCAGUCAGUCUUUUUUUGAAAUGAAAUAGUGAUGCUUUUCAACACUGAACUUGCCAGCAGGACCAGUUGGACAGAAUUAAGGGAAAACGCUGCAUUUUUUUGGUGUAUUUUAGCAUCAUCUUUUAUCCAGUUUUAAGAACAUGAAAUACCUUUAGACUUUAAGACAGUACAAUUAGAUUACUCCAUGCAAUAUUAGUACAAGGCCCUGACCUUAUGUAAUCCUGUGUUGUACAUUUGUUGUUUAUUUUUUACUUUUUUAGGGGAGGGGGCAAAAACAUUUAAAUGUUUUAUACUCUCUGAAGCUUUUAGCUUACUUCUAUGUACACAAUGUUUUAAAUAGUGUUAUAAGCAGAAAUUGACUGACAGUCGUCUGACUGAAACUGACUUUUUCCCCUAAAUCUAACAACCUUUGAAAUGUUUAUUUUAAUAAUCUCACUUUUGUAAAACAAUAUUUGUUCCUUAAACCUAAUUUUAUGUCAUCAUUUGAAUUAAUCUGCAGGAAUCUUAAUUCCAAUGGAAGAAGAAACCAAAAUAUCACACUUUCUCCGGUGGCUUUAUGUACGAGUUUUUAAGAUUACUGAUGAAUUUUGGAUUUUUUUUUGCAUAAUUAUAAUAUUUUAUUGUACAAAAAAAUUAAUUGUACAGUAAUUACUUCAACUGUAUAGCUUAGCCCAUAUAAAGAUUAACAUUUUAGAAUGAUAUAUUUUUAAACUCUUUCUUGGAUCAAAUUUGAGGGUUUUUAAAGCACUUCAGGAAGAUGAAAGAACUUGACAUAAUGAAGCUCAAUUAACUUGGGCGUACUUCCUGUUGAGUUGACGAUUUAAAAAGGCACUGUAUGCUUUUGGAAAUUGUCAAAGACCAGUACAUUACCCUUACUUGGUGUAUCCCAACAUAUGCAACAACAAACCUGUGAAAAAACAGCCUUGUAAUUUGUUGCAUAAUGUUGGCUUCAUGCCUCGGCCUAUCAGAGUAAAAUUUAGUAACUCUUCAUGAUCAAUGUUUAUCCUGCAGAAUAUUUCUCAAAUUUAAUGAGAGUCUUACAUAAAUGUUUGACAUUGAAACCUGUUCAAUUAUAUAUAAAAAAAAAUCAGUUUGUAAUUUAGUGGACAAAAUAAGGUUAGUGCUAACAAAAACCUUUGAAUGAUUAGUUUUAAUGUUUUUAAAUCACUGUAGAUAGUUGUUAAGGAAAAACAGAUGAAUUAACACAGCUCUAAAAAAAGGCAUAGAUUACUCUUAGUGAUAAAGAAAGAAACAAAGAAAAAUGAAAUGAAUGAAGCAAAUGAUUUACGUAUUAUAACUCAUGACUAUGAACGGAUGUUUAAGACUGCAUGGCGAAGUUAAGUGCUGCAUGAUAGCAAAUUAUCUCUGGGGUAAAUUUGUCUACAUUAUCAACAAUAUUUGAUGUUAGAUCUGUUGCAAUCCAAGUAUGUAGGCUAAUAUCCUACUUACAAUGAAUGUGUAAAUAAUAUGUAGUUACGAUACUAGUCCUUUGUGUGAAUGUCUUGAAAUAAACAAUAUUUACAAAUAUUUUAGCUGUGAUAAUAGUUUAUACUAACUUUUGCGUAACCCAUUUAGAGAUCAUUUGUUUCUAUAUAAUCAUCACCGUUCGUACACACAUUGUAAAUUGUGUGAUUUUGGGACUCAAAUUAUUUUAGAAUGUCUGUAAAAACAAUAAAAGAAACCAAAACAUAUGGUUUUAUUUUUGAAUUGGA